AUGGCUAAAGAAGUAAAUCAAAUACAAAGAAGAAGACAUACAAAUUCAAAAUUAGGAUGUUUAAAUUGUAAAAGAAAAAAAAUAAGAUGUGAUGAAACAUUACCAAGUUGUAAAAAUUGUUUAAAAGGUAAAAAGGAUUCAUGUUCAUAUUUAGAUUUAUCAAUUGAGGAAAUUGAAAAAAUUAAAAUUACACAUUCUUUAAGAAAUAGUCAAAAUAAAUUAUUGAAUUCAAAUUAUAGAUUACCAACAAAUAAAAAUUUAAUUAUUACAAAGAAAUUAAAAUCAUUAAAUGGUUCAUCACAAUCAGCAUUAUCAGAUCCAUCUGAUGCAUCAUUCACGGGGAAAAGUGUAUUAGAAUUCAAGUUUGAAUUAUCUCAUCUACCUAUUCGUAUACCAUCAAUUAUCUAUCCACCUUUACAGUAUAAUAAUUUAUCAAUGCAAAAUUUUUCAAAUGAAUUCAAAGUUAUAAAUGAUUUUGAUAUGGAUGAUUAUGAUGACUCAAGUAGUCAAAAGAAUAUUUUACCAAAUGGGUUUGAACAUAAAGUAUCAUUUUAUAAAUUUGAUAAAAAAUCAUUUAAAAAGAAAAAAAGAUUUGCUUUGGAGUUCAAACGUCAUGUUGUAAUUGGAGAAAGUGAUUUAUUAGAUUUUAUUAGUGAUAUACUAUUGUUUAACAAUCAUCCAAAUAUUUUAAACGAAAGUAUUCACUUAUUAGGUGAAACAAUAAUAAAUAAUCAUUUCAAACAUUCAAAAUCGGAAUACAAUAUUAAUAGAGAUGAAAAUAUUUCAAAACAAUUCAAUAGAUGUUCGUCAAUUUUAAAUUCAAGACUAAAUGUUAAAAACGAUGAUCCAAUUACCAAUUAUACUGCAUAUAUAAUAUUUUUUACGGUUGUGAUGAUGAAAGGUAGUUAUGAACAUUAUGUAAAUUCAUUUAUCUCAAUUUUCAGAUAUUUUAAAUUGAAUUAUCAUAAAAACAAUUGUAUGACUGAAUUUUUAAGGAUUUGUUUACAAUAUAAUGUAAUGAGUAUUCAUGUACCAUCUUAUAAUCCGCAAUUUUUAUUUGAAAUUGAAUCAAAUUUAAGAAGUUUAGAAUUUCUAUUCAAUACAUCAAUACCAAGCAAAAGAUUUUCAAGUCCAACAAAAUUAAAGUUUGAAAAUUUAAAGUUACAAUACUCGAUCUUAAUGCAAUUUUUAAGAGAAAAAGUCUUAAAUAUUGUCUUCACGAAAAGAGAUGAAAAUUUAGUUACAACUUAUCCACCACAAUUAAUAUAUGAAGUAUUUAAAGAAUGGCACACUAUUUGCCCUUCUUUUGCAAUGGCAUUCAAACCAAAGAUAGACACAUCAAAUUAUGAUGAAUCAGUCUUUAUAAAUGACUUAUCAACUACAUUGUAUACAUAUUAUUUGGCCAUCGCAGCUGCCUUAGACGCUGUCUUCCCAGCUUGUAAAUAUUUAUACAGUUCAAAUUUUAUACUUCCGACAAUAGGAUGUUUUGAGGAUAAAGAUAAUUUAACAGUAUCAAAAUAUAAUCCAUAUACUCAACAAUUAAUCAACUAUGAAAUUUUACAACGUCAUAUAAUGUAUUCAUCGAGAUUAUAUUCAUUUUUUAAAAGAAGAUUUAUAUUCUAUCAUAAUAACAUAAAUUGGAGAAAUUAUUAUCAUGAAGUCAGAUCUAAUAAAUUAUUAACAAGAAAAAUUACCAAUGUAAAAGAAGUUCCAAUUAAUAGCUUUAAUACAACAAUAAUAAGACCAGAGCAUUAUCCAACGAAAUCAAAUGAUAAAAAAACAGAUUUUAAAUUCAUUGAAUUUAAUAGAUUAGAUGAUUCCAUACUACAAAACCUCUACGCUAGAAAUAUCGAAACUUUAAAUAUUUUCAAUGUUUCCAAUUUAUUACAAUAUGAUUAUGAAAGUAUGUUAUUAUUAAAAGAUUAUAGAGCUUUUGAUGAUGAGAUAAAAGUAACUGAUAAAAAAUUAGAUUUAAAAACUUUGAAUGAUUAUUAUGAAGAUAAAUUAUUCUUAUUGAAUAACUGA